AUGGCUGAUACAUCAGACGCAACUCAGAAGCCUAUUCAAGUCAAGCUGGUUUUACUAGGUGAAGCUGCAGUCGGAAAGUCUUCUGUGGUCAUGCGAUUCGUCAACAACGAAUUUCAGGCCAACAAAGAACCCACAAUUGGAGCAGCAUUCCUUACGCAAAAGUGUCGACUCGAGGACCGCGUGCUUCGGUACGAGAUUUGGGAUACUGCGGGCCAAGAGCGGUUCCACAGUCUUGCACCCAUGUAUUAUCGAAAUGCACAAGCCGCAGUCGUCGUCUAUGACAUAACCAAGGCGGCAUCGUUGGAGAAGGCAAAGUCCUGGGUCAAGGAGCUGCAGCGGCAGGCCAACCCCAACAUCGUCAUUGCACUCGCAGGCAACAAGCUCGACUUGGUUACUGGACAGGCGUCCACGCCCGGCACCUCUGCGGCAGCUUCGUCUGCAGACGACGAGGAUGAGGCGGACGAUGCCACUGCUACGCCCGGUGAGACGGAAGAAGAGGCUGGUUCAGAGAGCCUUCGUCAGGUGCCCAAGGAUGAAGCGAUGGCAUAUGCGACAGAGGCAGGCCUCUUGUUCACGGAGAUAAGUGCAAAGACGGGCGAAGGAAUCGUGGAACUGUUUACGGAUAUUGCCAAAAAGAUUCCGAUAGAGCACAUAUUGGCCUCCCGUGGUGCAGCGGCUGGAGGUGCAGCCAACGCAAACCGUGCUCCAGCAGUCAAUCUAAACGAGACAUCGGACCCGAAGAAUGCCUGUGCAUGCUGA